AUGCCAAAGCAAAGUAAAAAUAAACCAAAAUAUGAGUCAUCAGAGACUGAAAGUGAUGAGGAAGAAAGUCGAAAUGGUUCGGGUGAAGAAAUAUCAGAAGAUGAAAAUAGGUGUAAGGGAUGCAUGGAAAAUAAUUAUAAGACGACUUCUAAGGAAGAUUGGAUAAAGUGCACAUCUUGCUCUUUUUGGAUACACAAGUUUGAAGCUAUUAGAAGUAAAAAGAAGCGCCAACCAUGUGAGAGAUAUGAUGACUGUUAG